UUUUGGUCCACGUGUUUUUCCAUUGUCUUCUCCGUUUUACUGGUUAUUAGCUUGCGUUUUGGUAGUUAAUUGCCAGCCUCUUUUUAUUGUGGUUUGCAGAGUUUAUUGAAAAUUACUGUGAUAUUCGUUUGUGAUUUUGAUAUUAGUGGUUAUUUGUUAUUGUUUAGGAUGGUUUUGGGGGUGGUGUUGUUCCAGGUUACUGUUGUAAUGACGGCUGCCGAUGACCGCAUAGGCGACGGCGGCAUUAUUGUUCGAGUUAUUUGGUUGCUUUUGUUGGACUGUUUUUGCUGUUGCUGUCUGCACAAGGUCAUGGAUUGUGAUGCGACCACUAUCUUUAUUCCCUUUGUUCCGUUGUUGGAGCGUGUAACUGAAUGCUUGCGAUUUCCAAAGCCUGUCUAUGGUGUAAGCCCUGGAGGGAGAAAUAGCGUCUAUGUGCGUGUCCGGUUGGAAACUGGACCUGGAUGUAUUUAUUAUUUGGGGGGGGGGGAAGAGACUACUAUGGAGGCAUCGCGUGAAAAAGCGGCUCAGAAAGCUGUUCAAGGUUUGAUGAAGCGGUAUGGGGUUUGUGUUGAUGAUUUUACGUUUGAGAAAGUAAAGAUGUAUGAGCUUUGUGGGAGUUUAUUUGCUCGUAAGUGUGGUGUCCUUGACCAUGACGAGAAAACCACAUUUAAGUGUUUUAGGGAGGAAAUUAUUUAUGGGGAAGCUUUAAAUGGAGUUGUUCAUGUGUCAAUGGACUAUGUUAGUUUCUUAACUGAUGUUGUUAAGAAGACUGCUGCUUUGAUUGUGUCUUUUGAAACUGUUUCAGUUGAGUGCAAGGGUUUUAUGUGUUGGAUCAUGAUAAGUUUCUGUUGCAAUGGAGGAGAUAUUGAGUGUAUUUUUAGUGACACUUGUUAUGAGGUUGGUGUUGCUGAGCUGCAGGCUGCUAAGAAGGCUAUUUGUUUUCUAGCUCACCGGUUCAACUUAGUGAUUAUUGAUGCGAAUUAUGGUAAUGAAAUGGCUGCUCAUGUUGGUGAUGUUAUGUGGAGUGAGAGAUGUUUGUAUGCAAGAGCAUCAUUGAUGGUUGAGGAAAAUAUUAGAUCAGAUGUGUCUGCAGAAAGCAGCUGUGAGUGUUUUACUCCGAUAGCUGAUUGAUCACAAAUUCCAGUUUUAGAUGUUCCUCCUCCACCUCCAGUGAAGCAGAGGGGGAAUGGCAAUGGACAAUUUUCAGCACCUGUUAUUUCUUCAUGCACCAGAGUUUCAGCUGAUGAUUUGGAGGGUUUUUUCAAGCGUGCAAGGAUUUCUUAGCUGCUGUGCUCGGAUGUUUUUUGCUGUGAACUUUUAUUAGGAGGAUUUUGGACUAACUUUUGUCGUUUCAGGAAUUUAUGUUUGUAUUCUUGACUUGACUUGCUUUGAUGUAGCAAUACUUUCUUUAUCAGAUUUUGCUUUGUCACUCUAGGAAUAUUAGAGAGUAUAAUUGCAGUGGCAAUUGUUUUGUUCAUUGUACCUGAUGAAGUUAGUGUAACUAUCACCUAUUCUAUAUCUAUGUAUAUAAAUAUUAUUUGUUGAUAUUAUUUUCUUUGCUACAUUGUAUUUAUUGUGGAAAUAUUUGGCUGUUGUCAUUGUCUGCGGAACAGGUGCUUGUUUAUGGGUUAGCAAUCACUUAGUUUGGAAUUUGGUUUUGAAAGAGAUUGUUUAUGUGGCCUUUUGUUUGUGCUUUGUUUUUGGGUUUGCCUU